CCUGCCUACCUAAGGCUGCUUCUGUGUGGAGACCUCAGGUAAAGCACCAUCACCAUGUCUGACCAGGAGGUAAAACCAUCAACUGAAGAUUUGGGGAAUAAGAAGGAAGGAGAGUACAAAGUCAUUGAACAGGGCAGCAGUGAGUUUCACUUCAAAGUGAAAAUGACAACACAUCUCAAGAAACCCGAAGAAUCAUGCUGUCUAAGACGGGGAGUUCCAAUGAACUGGCUCAGGUUUCUCUUGGAGGGUCAGAGAAGUGCUGAUAGUCACACUCCAGGAGAACUUGGAAUGGAGGAGGAAGAUGUGCGUGAAGUUUAUCAGGAACAACAGGGGCUCAUUCAAUGCUUGAAGCUACUUUUAAAAUCUGAAGGUCUGACCAAAAGAAGAGGAAUAUCAGGUUGGAGCCAAGAUGACAGAUAA